AUAUUAUGCAAGUGGUGUAAUGGGGAAACGAAAGUACAAAAGUGUAAGACUGGUGCUUUCAAUGAAAUCAAAUGAAGGCAAACCAGGGAAAAGAACAAGUAUUUCAAUUUGUAAAGGCUGUAAGGUUCCAAAGCUUCUAACUUAUAGUAACCUUGUAGAACAGUUAAAAAAGAUUGACAUUGGGACUGUUCAUGAAAUUGACCCAGACUAUCUAGAGGGCUUAGAAACUGAAAACCAAGUCAAUGGUGCAUAUAGAGCCUUGAGACAAUACCUCCCAAUGCUUGCCAAAUUUUAUCUUUCUCAGAACAGAAAAGAAAGUCUGAAAGGCUUUGCAGAAUCAACAGGCACUUUUCAAAUUGCUCUUGGUGGCGACGGAUGCCCAUUUGGCAAAAAUGAGAGCGCGUGUUCUUUCUUAGUCAGUUUCCUCAAUGUUGGAAGAAGGGUGGCAUCAAGUUAUGAUAACUUUCUAAUUUUUGGUGCCAACUGUGAUGAAAGCUCUCCUGUUACAAAGAAAUAUGUGAGGUCAUUAUUACCUCAAAUUGCAGAGUUAGAAAGAGCUGAAUAUGAAUUUGAAGGCAUGAAAUAUAGGUUUAAGCUGGAGGAAUUGCCAAAUGACAUGAAGAUGCUUGCCAUGUUGGCAGGUGAAUUAACUAUUAGUGCUAAGUAUUUCUCACCCUUUGCUAAUGUUUCAUUAGCUGAUUGUAGGGAUGUCAAGGGUACAUUUGGAACUGAAAGUUCAAACAAGUGGAAGCCAUGGAGUUACAAGCAAAGAGUAAAUGUUGUCAACAAGGUUGAAGCAUUUAAGAAAAGAGUAGCACUAGAAAAAAUUUCUGAAAAGACAAAGAGAUCUAAAAUUACUGAUUACAUUGCCAAGCAAAGUAGUAGACAGGAAUUUUUGCCUCUCUUAGGUUCUUACAUUGACAAAGCUCAUGUGGAACCCCUUCAUCUAAAGAACAAUGCUUGGCAGUACUUCUUUAAAGCAGUUUUGACAGAAGCUAUAAGAAAAUCUAAGCUGCCAGCUGAUUGUAAAAAGUUUUCAGAGGUUCCAGCUGAUAGCCCUUUUGCACGAGUAAUUACAGCUUUACAGACAGAAGUAAAAGCCAGGCGCCUUGCAAACAAGACCAAACAAUGGUUUAAUGAAACUCAAGGGUCUGGAGCUGAUUUGCAUUAUAGAUUUACGGGAAGAGUCCCUCUGUUUUUGUCAUAA